AUGGGAGGAUGUGUGGGAAGAUACUGGCAACGAUGGGAUGACACUCAAAGCAGAGGAUCUUCUAGGAACGGUGGACGGGGAGCUCGUAAUCAGCCGCUAAAGAAAGAUCGACCCAAAUGGAAAAGUGACUAUCCAAUGACUGAGGGCCAGCUGCGCAGCAAGCGUGAUGAGUUUUGGGACACAGCGCCUGCUUUUGAGGGACGCAAGGAGAUCUGGGAUGCCCUGAAAGCUGCUGCAGUGGCUCUGGAGUGUAACGACCAUGAGCUGGCCCAGGCCAUUGUAGAUGGGGCCAGUAUCACGCUGCCACACGGUACUUUGACUGAGUGUUACGACGAACUCGGGAAUCGCUAUCAGCUGCCAGUCUACUGUCUGGCGCCGCCGAUCAACCUCAUUUCAGAGUGCAGCGACGACGAUCCCAGUGACAGCCCCCAACUUCCCGCCGCGCCCAAAAAGGAAUUUCAGCUGAAGGUGCGGCUAUCCACAGGUGAAGACCUGCGCUUGAGCGCCAGCAUGACGGACACAAUUGGUCAGCUGAAGAAGCAGCUACACAUCCAGGAGGACAUCGAGCCCACCCACCAGCGCUGGUUCUUCUCUGGCAAACUCCUUACGGACAAGACGCGUCUUCAAGACACCAAAAUCCAGAAGGACUUUGUCAUUCAGGUCAUCCUUAACCCUCAGGCACUCCCCAGAAUGUCCCCUACCCCGUCCCCAGCCACCACUACCACCACCACACCAGAAUCUGAAUAG